AUUUCUAGUCAAGGAGGUGUUCCUCCUCCACGUCCAAGGCAUGGAAUACCCUGUGACUGCCCCCCUGGACAAGGCCUGUCUGGAAACAUAACUGAUGUCAAGUGCCUUCCAUGUGAGAUUGGUCAAUAUGGGUCAGGGGGGGAAACCAUUAACAACUGGAAGGACUGGACUAACAAUGGUACCAAGCCACCUGAUGGGUCAGAUAUUGUCACAUUUUGUGAAGUUUCACGUGGCUAUGUCAAAGGCCUAUGUCAACCUUGGAGAGCAAGUGCUGAUAACUUUACACUCAAUUCUGGGGAUAAUACUAAGACAAGGUGUGUGACAUCUGUACUGCUAAUGCCCAACAAGAAGUUUGUCAUGGAUAACAGCCAAGUUAGCUUUGAUUAUCGUGUGGACAGCCGAACCUGUGGGAGACCAGGAUUUUUCGGAUGUGAUGGUUUGGCCUUUUAUAUUGACAAUCAGCAAAUGUUAGAGUUCCAGGGAAACCAGUUUCAGUGGUCUAACAUGACGUACAGGGUGACAGUGGGCACCCAUACACUGAAGUGGGUUUUUCGCAAAAAUUGCUUCAGUUUUGGUUCAGUAUCCUACACCGACAAGGCUUUUAUUCGUUCUAUAACCAUGGUUGGUACUGAGGAACCAAAUGUGACGUGUAAACAAUGCCCACAAGGCUAUUUCAAUACCAAGAAAGGUUCUUCAAGUUGUACUCCAUGCUCGUAUUUCCAGUAUCAGUCCCAGGAAGGUCAGAACCAAUGUAAGCCUUGUCCGCCAAAUACAUAUGCCAUGUUAGGUGCAUCAAAGUGUCUCCCUUUGCCUAACUGCACAACUGAUGACAUCAUUGAUGCUCCAGGAGACCUGAAUACAUGUUCAUGCACACCACCCCAAAGUGGUACACAGUGUAAUACUACAGUGUAUCCUAACUUUGUGACAGUUCAAGGUUUAAAUGGUGGAAGAGUUCUUUGCAAAAAUUCAGGAUCUUUAUCUCACAAGCCAGAGAGACGUCCGUGUAGAUGCCAGCCUGGUUUUGAACUUAAAAAUAAUGGUGGAAAACUGGAGUGCAAAGCAUGUGAAAAAGGUCUGAAGUCAUCUGGCUUGAAAUGUGAGGGAUGUGUUGCUGGUCAUGUGGCUUUGGCCGGUAAACAUUACUACAUAUGGAGGAACAAUACUUUACCCGAUGGUUUCACUGCGAAAUGCGCAGGAGAUUGUAGUGUUAAGGGUGGAUGGAUCUCAUCAGGCAACCUCAUUCGCACAGCACGUGUUGUUGGGGAGGUACACUCUGAACUGCAGUCACCCAUAUUUGAGGUGGGGUCUGAACUGGCAAAGAUCGUGUUUAGUUGCUCUGUCACUUGUAACCUGACUGGAGUAGCGCCAAAAAUGGCACGAGGCGAGCAUUUAGCGAAGAUCCAGGACUGCAACUUGAUAUUUCAAGUGUUGGAUGUUAAUGACACAGUUGUGGAACAAGUGAACUGUACACGCCCUAAAGGAAGCUAUCAAUUCAGACAUUACACUAAACGAGAUGGCCAAAUCACGAAUCAUGUUCAUACCUUGAAAGAGGGCAACUAUUCCUUCAGAUGGGUUUUCCAUCAAGAGGAUGAUUCACGAACGCUUUCAACAGCAUUUGAGGCGAAGCUCUUCAAUAUAAGUGUUCUUGGGGUAACAUCUGGAGAGGCUCAGAACUGCACAGCAUGCCCAGCUGGGUACAACAGUACAGCAGAUAAUACUGACUGUACAAUUUGUCCAAAUGGAACAGCAAGUUCGCCUGGAUCAGAGAAAUGCACGCCAUGUCCAGAUGGCUACUUUGCGUCCCAGAAGGGAAGCGAGAAAUGUCUUCAGUGCGGUAACAACACAAAGUCACUCCCAGGAAAAGAUGGUUGCACCACUGGUGGAUGUAGGUUUACUGCUGCCCCUGGUGUGGUGUAUGACCUGAACAUGCUGUCUCGUCCUUUUGGACCAAUGAUUGAAGUGGUAUUAGAUCAAGAACCCUAUCGGGGUGGUUUACGAAGGCCCGGCAUCUGGCCAUACCAGCCUUCUCUUUAUGUCAACCUUUGUACUCGUGAUCAUGAUAACAGCUCGUGCACGUAUCUGGAUCGUGCCACUAGAUUGAAGAUUCCUCGGCCUGUGAUGGCGUGCAGGUCCUCAUGGUAUUCACGUGACAUAAGUGUGGGUAGUGUGAUUGGUUACAGACCAAAAGAGGACAUCAGAUCUGGUUUGUUUGUGGAUUUACUUCAUGGAGACAAGUGCUACAGGGGUGGUUUAUACAGCACUGUCCUCGAUCUUCGGUGUGACGUCACGGCUGGAGUUGGUAACCCAGGCCGAGAAAACAGGUACACGGACAUCAUGAGAGGAUCCUGCCAAUAUUACUUCGUAUGGAAGUCCUUGUACGCAUGUCCAAAGUGCCGGGAGGGUGACGUCACGAGGAUUACUGGCGAAUGCAUCAACGGUACUCGCAAUAUAACCUACGUGCGUUCUGUGCUUUGCUGGACCAAGGACGGUGUUCCGCCGACUACAACAGAAGAUUGCGUGAUGCCAACUGUCACGGUCACGGUCAACGUCACGGUCAAGGUCCCGGUCAAUGGAACAGUGGCUUAUUUUAAGGAGACAAACAAAACCAAUAUGGCGUUGAUUGGCGUGGGAGUUGUGGUCAUUGUUGCUCUACUGGCUGUGGCUGGGUUCUUUGUGUACAAGCACCGUGAAAUGAAAUACCGGUAUUACACGCUGAUGGCAAGAAAUAAGCCAAUGAGCCGCCUGGAACAAGAAGAUGACGAGAAUCAUUUUAUCACGGAAGACGAACUAGCUGCACCGUAUGAUGAAAUGUCACACAGUUUAAAGACCUAGGAAAUAACAGGAUUGUUUCACUAGCAGUGUUAAAGCUAGCAUGAUAGAUGUAGGUUUGACGUAGUCUAACAUUAGAACUUGCAACUGAACAGGGGAAAACGAAUGCAAAAUUCUGUGGAAACACUUGCAAACUGCAUUUGACGAAAGCUUUAAUUUUCUCGUGACCGAAAUACGUUAGGAUAUGUUCCCAAUUCGUGUUUAGGUUGUUUUGGGAAAAAUUUUGCAAGCUGAAGUUUUGAACGAACACAAUGGUCUUUCUAUAGUGUUAAAAAAAAUGGCGGGAAAUAAGAUCGAUAGAUCACAGUUAAUUUUGCGCCAUUUUCUCUGUAUUCACUGCAUGGGCAUGUAUUGAAAAAGGCGAGAAAUUUAUUGAAUUUCUCGUUAAGUGCUCAUUUCUGGUCUGCCCGUAUCGUUUGGAGAGAAAAAUGGCGGGAAAUUUCAUUUGUAGUCGGUUGUCUCUUCAGAUAUUUCUUACCGAUUUUUGCAUUGUUUUUAGUUCAAACUAGUAAAAUGUAGCACGAGGUGUGUUUUGUAGGAAUUUUUAAUGCAUUUUUUAUUUAAACGCUUUUUAAAUUGAAAUUAAGGUUAACACAUCACCAGUAGAAAGUGUCUAAUAGGAGAUAUCCGUCAGCCAGCAAAUCUGGGACUUAAGGAGCUCAGUCACGGUAUUUUAAAGUACCUUUAAAUUGAAGGAAACCUGAAAAUAAUAGCUUAAUAAGAUGCAAAACCACUUAAGAGAUACUAAUAAACCAGAAAGGAACAAGGAUGGUUAAGGACGGAGAAGAUUAACUUGGAUAACAAACAACGAACUUGAAACCUGUAGGCUAGACAUUGCGCAGACCGUGACGUAACUUCUUGAGCUCAUGAUGGAGUUAUGGAGCUUAUGCACAUGACGUCAUGGCAGCCUUAUUGUUGUUCCAAAACAAUGAAACGGCGGCCAUGCUGGUUUACCAGACCAAUUCUGUGGGAGUUCAACUCUUUUCUUAUGUAAACACUUUCUUUUGUUCUAAUAAAUUUGCAUGGCUGCUGGACACGUGAGUGAAUACGCUCUAUAGAGCAACAUUUUACGGAAGAAACUUUAUAGCCAUUAAAAUAAGAGUGAAACGUGAUAAAUGUGUUUAAUGAAGUGCGAGUUAUGUAGGUUUGAUUUAUUUUUUACGAAAAGUUGUUGUGCGUUAUAUAAUGGGUGGCACUCCAGCACAAGAUGGAUAAGUUUGGUGGUAGCCUUUUAGUUGUAUUAAGUGGCGU